AUGGGAAUCAAAUUCCUCGAAGUUAUAAAGCCGUUUUGCAGUAUAUUGCCAGAGAUAGCAAAACCAGAAAGAAAGAUCCAAUUCCGUGAGAAAGUAUUAUGGACUGCAAUCACUCUAUUUAUUUUCUUAGUAUGUUGUCAGAUCCCCUUAUUCGGUAUAAUGUCGUCAGACAGCGCGGAUCCCUUCUACUGGAUCCGUGUAAUCCUUGCAUCAAAUAGAGGAACACUUAUGGAACUCGGUAUAUCUCCUAUCGUCACGUCAGGCCUUAUCAUGCAACUGUUAGCAGGAGCUAAAAUCAUUGAAGUCGGUGACACACCAAAGGACAGAGCAUUGUUCAAUGGAGCACAGAAAUUGUUUGGUAUGGUGAUCACUGUUGGUCAGGCUAUUGUCUACGUAAUGACUGGCAUGUACGGAGAGCCCAGUGAAAUCGGAGCUGGUGUCUGUCUUCUCAUCAUCAUCCAACUGUUUGUCGCUGGUCUGAUUGUGUUGCUGCUCGAUGAACUCUUACAGAAAGGAUAUGGUCUUGGUUCCGGUAUUUCCCUGUUCAUUGCUACAAACAUCUGUGAAACUAUUGUCUGGAAGGCGUUCUCCCCUGCUACCGUUAACACUGGUCGCGGUACUGAGUUCGAAGGUGCAGUCAUUGCAUUGUUCCACCUGUUGGCCACUCGCCCCGACAAGGUGCGCGCGCUGAGAGAGGCAUUCUACCGCCAGAACCUCCCCAACUUGAUGAACCUGCUCGCCACUGUCCUCGUCUUUGCUAUCGUGAUAUACUUCCAGGGCUUCCGUGUGGACCUACCGAUCAAGUCUGCGCGCUACCGUGGCCAGUACUCGUCGUACCCAAUCAAACUGUUCUACACCUCCAACAUACCUAUCAUCCUGCAAUCCGCUCUCGUCUCCAAUCUCUACGUCAUCUCACAGAUGUUGGCUGUAAAAUUCAGCGGUAAUUUCCUGGUGAACUUACUGGGAGUAUGGGCUGAUGUGGGCGGCGGCGGCCCGGCCCGCGCCUACCCAGUGGGAGGCCUGUGUUACUACUUCAGUCCCCCGGAGUCACUCGCUCACAUCGCACACGAUCCUCUGCACGCUGUACUCUACAUCAUCUUCAUGUUGGGCUCCUGCGCCUUCUUCUCAAAGACCUGGAUUGAUGUCUCCGGAUCCUCUGCCAAGGAUGUCGCCAAGCAACUGAAGGAACAACAGAUGGUGAUGCGCGGUCACAGAGACAACUCAAUGAUCCACGAGCUCAACCGAUACAUCCCGACGGCGGCCGCCUUCGGUGGACUCUGUAUCGGAGCUCUGUCAGUACUGGCCGAUUUCCUCGGCGCCAUCGGCUCCGGCACGGGUAUCCUGCUGGCCGUGACCAUCAUCUACCAGUACUUCGAAAUCUUCGUGAAGGAGCAAGCCGAGAUGGGCGGCAUGAGUACACUGCUCUUCUAG